AUGUUGAACAGCAGCAAUGGCUCUUCAAAUCUUCAAGAAGACGAUGCUCCUGCUUCGUAUGCUGGAAACGAGUCGGCCAACGACAGCGAUGCUCUUGGCUGGAACGAGACCGACGUUCCCAAUGAAACCUGGAAUGUCUCCGAAGAUGUUUGGGAAGAUGUGAAUGAGUCGGUCGAGUCAGAAGGCAUCGAUGGGAACCUGUCAGAUUGGACAGAGAACGUGUCAGAUGCGAUGUUGAACAGCAGCAAUGGCUCUUCAAAUCUUCAAGAAGACGAUGCUCCUGCUUCUUAUGCUGGAAACGAGUCGGCCAACGACAGCGACGGCUGGAACGAGACCGACGUUCCCAAUGAAACCUGGAAUGUCUCCGAAGAUGUUUGGGAAGAUGUGAAUGAGUCGGUCGAGCCAGAAAGCAUCGGUGGGAACCUGUCAGAUUGGUCAGAAAACGUGUCAGAUGCGAUGUUGAACACCAGCAAUGGCUCUUCAAAUCUUCAGGAAGACGAUGCUCCUGCUUCUUAUGCUGGAAACGAGUCGGCCAACGACAGUGAUGGCUGGAACGAGACCGACGUUCCCAAUGAAACCUGGAAUGUCUCCGAAGAGGUUUGGGAAGAUGUGAAUGAGUCGGUCGGGUCAGAAAGCAUCGAUGGGAACCUGUCAGAUUGGACAGAAAACGUGUCAGAUGCGAUGUUGAACAGCAGCAAUGGCUCUUCAAAUCUUCAGGAAGACGAUGCUCCUGCUUAUGCUGGAAACGAGUCUGCCAACGACAGUGAUGGCUGGAACGAGACCGACGUUCCCAAUGAAACCUGGAAUGUCUCCGAAGAUGUUUGGGAAGAUGUGAAUGAGUCGGUCGAGCCAGAAAGCAUCGAUGGGAACCUGUCAGAUUGGACAGAGAACGUGUCAGAUGCGACGUUGAACACCAGCAAUGGCUCUUCAAAUCUUCAGGAAGACGAAGUUCAUGCUUCUUACGCCGGUAACGAGUCGGCCAACGACAGCGACGGCUGGAACGAGACCGACGUUCCCCAUGAACCCUCGAAUGUCUCCGAAGAUAUGGGUGAAGAUGCCAAUGAGUCGGCAUCGCUGGAUGACGUCGAUGGUAACGUCUCAGACUGGACGGAAGAGAACGCAUCAGAGGUGCUGAACCGCAGCAACAACUCCUGGCUUGCUUUUGUCUACGGCCAGCUGCGGAUUGACCUGAGCCUGGGCUUUGACAACGCCUCCCUGGACGAAUUGAGAAAGAGCCAGGAGCUGCGGAAUCUCCUCCAACUUGGCAUCAGCCAGGGUCUCCCAGGCGUCGAGCCCAACCAGGUCGAGAUCCUGAACAUUGACUUGAUUCUUGCCGGGCGGCUGCGACGUCUUGCGGGCACCCCACGGAGGUUUUCGCUUCUGGCCGACUUCCGCAUUCGCCCGGCGGAUGCAGGUGACGUCAGCGUGGCCACUAUGCUCACCGAGACGCUCUUGCAAGGUGCCACGGCCCAGCAGCUUGCCUCCUACUUUGCGGGCACGGAUGCCUGGCAGGGCGUCUUCGACGAGACGCGCUUGGACCAAGUACAGGUCGGUGGGGCCACAGUGUCCCAUGCUCGUGUGGUCCUCGCACCUGGUGGCAGCGAAGUCACUCUGGCGCCUCUCACCCUGCGAGGGACCACCACCCUCUCUUCAUCUUCUGUCACCUCCGCGACAGGAACGACCACACUGUCAGCAACGCAGCCCAUGGAGGGAAAUGACACAGGCUUCCUGAGCUUCCUCCAUGUUCUGAGUCCAGCGCCGGUGUCUGCUGUACACGCUUGGUCUGUGGAUGCUUCCGGGCAGCUUCUGAGAAGACAGGUGGAGGAAGCCAGAGGUAACUGCAAGUGGGGCGCUUGGGGUGACUGGACCAAGUGCACCGUGACGUGUGGAGGUGGCAUGCGCACGAGGCAACGCAGUGAGAAGGCUACCAGUGAGGAUGCGGAGUGCAGCAAGCCACGGACAAAGUCGCAGAACCAUCGGUGCAACAGGCAGGCGUGUCCAACGACCACCAGUACAACCUUCACCAUUGACCCCUAUGCGGCCGACACCACCACUGAGGAGGAUUCGGAGUCCGCGUCCAAUGGCUUAGCCUCAGCGGUGGCAGACGUGGCUUCCAGCCUCAACCCUUUCUCCGACUGA